AUGAAUUUCAGGAACAGAGGAUAUGCCGGAUCCUCACGCCGGCGAGAGGAGAUAGCGCGGGGGCAGAGACCCGCCGUGGAGACCGAUGACGACUUUGUGGAGGACUCGACGAUGCGGGAUGCACCUUUUCCUGAGACACCGGGAGACGACGAGACCGAGGACGCUAUCACGGCAGACGAGAUGCAGCGCUUCCGCACCCUCCUCGACAGAGGCACGAUGCAGACGCUUCGCAUCGACGAGGACAUCGACGAGAUGUUCCAAAACUUAUCGGAAGGCGACUUGCCUUUCCUUGCCACUCUCGAGCACGAGACCUGUGACCCCGGCAAGACCACACCCGACGGCAGUGACGGGUACAUCAUGUUCUGGGCCACCGGACGGCGACACUAUCUCUCAUACAGAGACAUCGACCGAGCACUUUUCCUGCCGCCAGGCAACCGUCUAGGCCUCGACGUCGACCGCGACGAGAUGUCCUCACUUUGGGGGACGAUCGCGUUUGGAUUACUUCUCCUCAAGCGCGAAGUCCGCUCAGAUCAGGAGCCCGCCGGUCCGCUACUUCCACAAGGCGAUCGCCAACACGCUCUUUUCCCGACAGGCCACCGGGAACGUCACAGAGACAGAGAUGGCCAUGAUCGACGUGGCACUCACAGGCAUCACGUUGAGACUGAUCAACGGGACCGAGCUCCGAGGCAGCAGGUCCUACGGAGGCAUCACGGUCGCCCUUGCUACCCAGCUCCGCUCUUACAGGGACUGGGCUUCGAGGAACAGGACCAUCCGGCACAAAGAGGACGAGGUCGCGCACCCGAGUGGCUCGAUCUCGAGUACCUGAGGAACAGCGUCUUCUUGCAGAAGACGUCAGACGCCAGCCGACUCCUGUACCAGUUCACUCACGUUCAGCUCGGUGCUCCCGCAUGUUGCUCCCCAGCCCCAGCUGGACGACGAUCAGAGGUGGGACCAACUCGAGUUCAACCCACCUCAGUCUGCUCUCUUCACCGGAGAUCGCUCGACCGCCAGAGACUACGCCACACCUCAGGCGACCACACACCGCGGCGACCCGUCACACGAGCUCGACUCCAUGCAGACAGACGAGCUAGACAGACCGCCGGACUGAAGGCGGCUCACCAGCACAUCGGCAUUCUUCAGCGGUGGAACAAGGCGCAGGACAAGAUCACCAACAAGCUGAAGAGCAAGGCGAUCCCCUCUGAGGACGACGACGAGCCCGACCACGACACCACCGGCGGACGACCACUGCCUCCUGAGCCACCACGACACUCUUCCUUCGAGCCGCGACAGCAGCGGAAGAGGCGCUUUGGAGAGCCGCAUACAGCGAGACCAUCAGGCGCAGCAGCUCCGGCAGACUUGCCAUUCAGGCGAUGCAGCUCCACUUCGAGGCCGACAGCGCCGACAGAUCACACACCGCCGAUGAGAGCUCCGCCGGACCAGUACGUGCCUUACACCACGGAGCGAGCUGCGCCCACCACCGUCCCCUUACACGCAGGAGAGCAUGCAGGAGGAUCUCGACGACUUCAUCUACGGACGCCGCUGAUGCUCUCUCCUGACCCACUCGACCGACCACCACCACUGUAUCAUUCCAUUUUCCCUUUUCUUUUUCUUUUAUUGAGUCUGUUUAACUCUCUCCUUGGUUUCUUUUCACACCGGGUCGGUGUGAAGUAA